AUGGUCGAAUGUUAUCGACUAGCAUCAUGGUCAAAUGCUGUAUUCAUCUCUCUUGACUUAGAAAUAAUGACUAAUAAUAUUCCAUUGGAAGGUCGUAUCCGUUUGCCUAACCGAAUCAACGAUUGUAUUCACGAUUGUUCAUUCAUUUCUUCGAAUAUCGUCAAUUCGCAUCGAGGAAAUGAUGAUAGUCGAGAUGAAAUAGUCGCUUAA